AUGCUACGAUGGUACCUAGAUUGCAGUAAAGCCGGGGCGAGGGGUACGAGGAAGAGGGCAGUGUCCCUCAUUGAUCGCAAGCCGCGCAGCAUCCCCGCGCCCCGCCUCCGCUUGACACAACCACAAAAUUCAACACUCAAAAUUGCAACCGUCGGAUUUCGAACUCAUCUCAUUCUUAACCCCAUUAGAGCCGUAACUGAUUGGAAUGAAUGUAGUGUAUUAUCCUCGUUCUUCAAUGAUGUCGCCGGAUGGUGCAAAAAGCGGCUGAUGAACGCGCGGCGGCGCUUGAAUGGGCGGCGGCGCGGUGUGGUGCGGAGUGGUGCGGUGUGGUGUGGUGCGGCGCGGCGCGUUGCUGCGACGCCUGACGCGGCUGCGCGUCGACGACGCCUCCGCCAGUCCGCACACCGGCGGCUCCGCUGCCCCACGGUCGGCCGCACUCCGCUGAACAACAAUGCUCAAAAACACAACGUAACUAGACAGACCCAGCGGCGGCGCAGUCGGCGAUGCUCGAGGAUCGGACGGCACGCGUGGCCGUCGAGAAGCGGUCCUGAACAAAAUUUAAUUUAUGAAAACCAUAAAAGAAUUAAAUUUGAAGCUGACCGUAUUCGACGGAACGGUAUAGAGGGGUGUGCGGCGUAG